CCCUCCUCCUCCUCCUCCACCGGUCGCAGAUAUUUUCUACUCUCGCUUCUGGUCCCUCCACCCUCUCCUCCUCUUUGUUCCACAAAUUCACUCUCCUCCGUCCCCUCUCAUUCUUCCUCCCUUCCCUUCCCGAUUUCUCCAUAUUCUUCUCCCAACCCUCCCCCCCUAAAUCCCUCCCAAUCUUCCCUUUUCUUCUCGAUCAACCUCCGAAAUCCACGAUUCUCUCAUCAAAUCUUCCCUUCUCUGGCGGAUUUGAUUGUUGGAUCUGGUGGAACAGGAAAGUCACGUCCACGAUCUGUUUCUUUUUCUUUCUUUUGUUUCUCUGGUUUAAGUCGUAGUUUUCUAGAGGCUUAUCUUAAAUGCCCAAUUUCAUGUUCUUGAUGUUUGAGAUUCAUGUAUCCAAUUCUCAGUGAAAUCUUCCUUUCUGGGUGUAUGAUCAAUUCCACUGUCAGGCGCAGGACCCACCUUGUUCAAUCCUUCUCGGUUGCCUUCCUCUACUGGUUAUACUACGUCUCAUGAUUUUUUGAGUGCCUUGUUUCCAUACGUAAUAUCAAGAUUAGCUAUAUAUAUUACUAUUUUCCGCAUUAGUUUUUCUGCGUUUCUGUGCUUUUUCUUGUCCGGGUCCUGCGUCAAAAUAGUAGUGUCCAUCGUUUUGCUUCUUCUUCUUCGAAGGUUUCAAUUUUCAUGGCUUCCUCCAGUGGAACGUCUUCUGGGUCGUCAUCUCUGGUUCGAAACUCUGGUUCCGAUGAGGACUUGCAGGUCUUGAUGGAUCAGAGGAAGAGAAAGAGGAUGAUAUCGAAUCGUGAAUCGGCUAGAAGGUCAAGAAUGAGGAAGCAGAAGCAUCUGGAUGAUCUGGUGGCUCAGGUGGCUCAGCUCAGGAAGGAGAAUCAGCAGAUUCUCACUAGCGUCAACAUCACAACCCAGCAAUAUCUCACCGUCGAGGCUGAGAAUUCUGUACUCAGAGCCCAAGUGAACGAGCUGACCCAUAGAUUGCAAUCUCUGAACGAAAUUGUGGAUUUCCUUAACACAAGUUCUGCAGUUUUUGCAGCUUCAAACUCAUCCACCUUCAUGGAACCCACCAACAGCUUAUUUAACAACCCAUUAAACAUGGCCUGCCUGAACCAGCCGAUCAUGGCUUCUGCUGAUAUGUUUCAGUACUGUUGAGUUAUCUGUAUUCCAGAGGAACUUGAAGAUUGGCAUCGUUAGGUUCUUCUAGAUCUGAGUCCGUCCCGUAAAAACUAGUGAUUGAGGAAUAAACUUUUCAGCACUUGGACCCUAAAACUGGAGCUGUAUAAUGGCUGAUAGGUGUCAAAUCACACUCGGACACUAAAUGUGUGCGGGUGCUUCUCCUACUGUAUAGUGUCAACUCUAGGUCAGUGCUGGUUAAUGUAGAAGGGGCAUGUAUUGUCAAGAGUGAUGUUAAUUAAUCCAGCCACUAUUACUGUUGUGGGUCUGGUAUGUUGGAUUGUAAUGGUACUUGCGAUUUUAAUUUCCCUCUUAAAAUUUUC